AAGCAAUAUCCAGCAUCCAGAGCACCACCACCGACACGACAUUCGGUAGUCUCUACUUUGCAAUCUCUAGCGUCCAUGGCACGCGGCAACGACCAAAUCGCGGUCUGGCGCAUCACCGACGACGAUCCGAUGUAUGUGGAGAAGGACGCCAACUCGGCGACGUGGUGGAAGCGCCGCCGGGCGUGGUUUGUCCUCGCGGGCCUCGUGCUUGUGACGCUUGGCGUCGUCACGGCGAUCGCGGUCUCUGCCGCGACGACCGAAUCGAACCAAGGCUCGGGCAACAACGCACCGGCUUUCACACCGACGCCCACAUCGACGACACCGACGUCGCCGAGUGCCGCCGCCGACGGCAUCGCCACAUUGCCAACGGCAACGCCACUGACGACGACGCCGACGCCUGAAGAGACAACGGCCGAUUUGAUGACACCAAACAACAACUCGACGCACACGACACGGAACGUGUCGACACCCAGGCCGUCGAGCACCGAUGACGAGGAGGCGUACUCGGGCAAGCCGACGCCGAUGCCAUCAACACCCAGACCCAGCCAUCGCCCGACGCCGUGCCCGUCCACUCCGAAACCGAGCUCCGACGCUCCGACGCCAAGCUCGCAUGCGCCCAAGCCACACCCGUCGCCUAGCAGCGCGAGCCCCAAGCCAUACCCGUCGCCUAGCCCCGAUACGGCCAAGCCACAGCCGCAGCCAUCGCCUAGCCCUCACACGCCCAAGCCAUCACCGAGCACGGACGCACCCAAACCAUCGCCGAGCCCUGACACACCCAAGCCGCAACCGCAACCGCAGCCAGCACCGAGUCCGAGUCCGAACCCGAACCCGUCGCCGUCGUCGCAGAUGCCCAAGGCGAGUGUGCGGCUGGUCAACAGCUGCGGCAAGUCGGUCGAGAUCAUGUACACGCUUCGCGUCGGGAGCGCACUCACGACGUACUACCACACGAUGAGUGACAAGGCGACGUUCGACGUCGCUGGCAGCACCUUCCAUGGCGGCACCUUUCGCGUCGGCCGAUCCGAAGAAGCCACCUUGUUUGAGUGCAGUCGCGACGGCGGCAAGUUCUGGUACGACCUCAGCGUCGUCACCCCCAACUGUGGCAACGGCCAGAGCUGGGACGAGUGCCAAAAGAGCGGCAAGAAGGGCUACAAUGUCCCGAUGAAGGUCGAGCCGCAGAACCUCGCCAACAACCACCUCUACAACUGCGGCAUGGUCCAGUGCAACGAUCCCAAGUGCCCGGACGCCUACCUCUACCCGUUCGACGACGCCAAGAAGAUGCGCGACUGCCACUCGGACGAAGGGCUCCUUGUCACCAUCUGCUACUGAGCCCGCGCGCUUGUGGCAUCAUUGGCAGCGCACUCGUGUAGUCUGGACGUCGCUUCGAUCCUUCGCGUAACAUCAUUUUUAAUCCGCGUCCAGUG